AUGACCAACUAUGAACACUUUGAUGAUACUAAGCUUUGUGAGGAUGAAGAUGAAUUACAAAAUGACUGGACCAAACAGUAUGGAACACCGGACCCAACAAGCACUAUUAGUAAUGUUGGCUGCGGUGGUUGUGGUGCAUUACUUCAUUGUUAUGAUCCUGCUAUCCCUGGAUAUAUUCCAAGUGAAAUAUUUAAGGGUCGUUCAGUUGAAGAACUUCGAACAAUUGAAUGUCAAAGAUGUCAUUUUGUAAAGGAAUACAAUAUUGCAUUUGUUAAGAUUAAGUAA